CAGGAAGGAUCAUCAACCUUUAUAACGCUCAUCAUUAAUUCGCGGUAUGCACUAGCGCUGCCAGCUCUUCACGCGUACUUUUUAGCAACUUUAGGUAACGGUUAACACGUCACAUUAUGACCAUGCUCGGCAUGCCAGACAUGGCUGAACCUAAGGAACUCGGGAAGAGCUGUCAUCUCUCUCAACCAGACUUGGCUAAGACUAUGGAAGUUUUCCGAGUUGUCCUUGAGGGCUACGAUUUGUAUGUUAAGGACCGGUUAGCAUUUCGUAAGGUCAGCAAGGCAGCCCGCGAUCUCCAUGAUCAGUUGGCCAGCGAUGUUAGCUUCAACACCAACCGUUACCUGCGGGGUUCCUCCGAUAUUCCGUCGGUAUCGACAAGCGAGAUUGUUGCUGCUGUUCGGGGCUUCCUUUCAAGGGGCUGCCGGCCCACACACCUAAGCAUUGAAAUGCCCGAGGAGCAAGACACGGCACUGCACGAUGGGAAACUGUUGGCGUUACUGUUCAUGUGGAGAGAGGCUGCAUCAGUUACAGACUUACGGUUGGAGACUGGUUAUCCGCUUACACCGGCUGUUGUGUCCGCCAUCGCCGGCCUUAGUCCAAAAUUGAACAGCAUAGUACUGCUGUGCGGGCGCUCCUCGCCAGACGGUACAAACCAGCCGGCGGAGCCCGUGGACUUAGACGGGGCAGCAGCUGCUGCGGAAGAGCUGUUGAGGCAGCUGGGGCCCCGUUUGAGAAGGCUAGAGUUCCGCAUGCUAGAUGGCUGUCGGUAUGUCUGGCCCACGCGGGCGUUCCGCGGCCUGUCCCACUGUACAGCGCUGCGGGAGCUGGAGCUGGCGUGCUUUGAGGACUUGCUGCCCCACGACGGCGUUCCUGCCGAUCUGCUGGUGCUUCGCUCCAUCGCCUCACUUUCCGGACUCAAGUCACUCCAGCUCGCAGACACCACCAUGCGGUUCGACCCGCCUGUUCCGCUACCCACCCCAAUCGAGCGGCUAGCCAGCACCCCCUCCUUGGAGUCAUGCCUCAGCGGACUGACGGCCCUCACCUGCCUCAAGCUGCAUCUGGGUCGCCUGCACCACUACGCGAACAAGGAGGACUACGAGUAUGCGAGCUAUGUUGCGGACACCCGGGGCUUGGAUGAGCGGUUGGAGGAACUGCGACAGCUGGGAAGGCAUGCGGAGGCUGCAACUCUGCAGGCCGCGGCGGCAGCGGAGUCACAUGCGGUGGCUGCAGCGAUCCGCUGCAUGCCCCAUCUGAAGGAGCUGCGGACGCCGGCAAUGCUCCACGCGGCGGACCUGCCGGCGUUGACAACGCUGACUUGCCUGCGCAUGGGCUCCAUUGCAGUGCCUACAGAGCUACCUGCUGCUGCCAGCGACUUCAAGCUUGUCCUGCCGUCGCAGCUUCAGCGCUUCGAACUGCACGCCCCGCUGCCUGUUCGUGUCGCAGCCGCGCUGCAGGCGCCGCCUCGGGAGCCGGGUGAUGUGCCCUGCUCUCUGAUGGCAGGAGGCAGGCUGUGGGACUUUGAAGCCAACCACUGGUGCCUGGACUUCCGAUCCGGGGACUUGGACGAUGAGGGGCGGCUGACGGCGGGGGCAGUGGACGCCAUGCGGCGUGCCGUAACCGCAAUUCGUGGGUUUGGGUUUCGUAAGCUGAAGGGCUUCUGUCGGGACGAUGCCCGGGAGCGUGGCGUGCGUGUGCGGGGGCUAGGGGUGACGCCCGCACUGCCGCCGGCAGUGGCGGACGGCGGAGAGGGCAGCCACUGUGCGGCAUGGCUCGGGGAGCUGACGUCGUUGCGACUGGAGGCCUUGGCGCUGCAGGGACUGGUCGUGUCGCCGCGUGAUAUGCUGGGGCUGGCGCGGUGCAUGGCGGGAAUCACGGAGCUGGAUCUCAGCGGCUGCUCCUACGCUGUCUCCUCGCUGCCACUGCUGGCCGGCCUGCAGCAGCUUCGGCAGCUGGGGAUGCACUGCGGCGACUGGCUGUGCGAUGACAUGUGGUCCGAGCACCACCAGCAAGCCAUCAUGGCAGCGUGCCUCAGCAUCACGGCGCCAGUGAGUGCCGGCAGUGGCUCCGCAGGAGAAGCUGGAGAGCUUGGGGCGCGAGGCCUGCUACCGCAGCUGAAGCUCUUACAAAUUGGGUGUUACGAGGAUGCCAUGGAUUGGAUUGAAGCGGCCGUUGCACCGGCUAGGGAGGAGUGGGUACGCUGGAUGCCCUCCGCAAGG